AUGGAGACCUCAAAACUAGCUUUAUUAGCUUUCUCCGUUAUAUUCUCUCUUUCUGCAGCAGCUCCUGAAAAGCUUAAAAACAAUCAAUGCCCAUUAUACCAAUGCAAGCAAGAUCACCAGAAUUUUGUUGAUAAUACUUGUGUAUUCUACACACCCACAGUUACUCAGCCUACAUAUUAUGUAACAAGCUGCUCCAAGCGAAAUCCUCACUGCCAAGCUCCAGUCCAGCGUAACUCUACCUGUGAAGGAAAUCCUCCAUCUCCACCCGUCAAUGCAUGGCCAGGUGAAAAAUGCAGCUCUUCUUCACAAUGUAGCAACCAUGCCAAAAAUGGAUGUGUAAAUAGUGUCUGUGUAGGGUCUCUGAACGGAGAGGCUUGCUUUACUAGUGACGACUGCAACCCUGGACUCAGGUGUUUUAACCAACAAUGUGUCCCUCAAAUUCAUAUAGGUGGCACUGGGUGUACAAGUGAUUAUGACUGCGUGAAUGGAUCUGGCUGCAAUUUGGCAAGCACCCCAGCAAAUAGCAUUUGCUUCCCUUAUUUUUCGAUAAGUAACCAUUUACCGGUAGGAUAUUGCUCUCCUACAAAUUCUUCGAUGCUGUGCAACAGUGGACUGUGCAUGGAAUAUGACGGAGUUUACGAGUGUAUGAGCCAGGUCUCUACAGCUAAAAAGAUACCUCAACAAUGCAGUGUAGAUGCUGACUGUAUGUCGACGAGAGACGAUUAUUUUGAAUAUGGACAGUUGAUGGGAUCUUGCUUAUGCGGCUAUAACCCUUCUGGAAAUAGCUAUUGCACACUAUUUCCUGGAGAUGAGCCAGCAAAACAAAGCAGCCAGUAUUUAAUUCAAUGAAUUCAGUCAAGUUCAAUAAACAAUUGCAAUACAAUGAGAAGAUUUAUACUCUCUAUAGAAGAAUAAAAAUGUUUUAUUAUAAUUUUGAAAUAAUUGCUAAAAUCAUUCAGCGAAAGAUUUACUGGUCAAUGCAUGUCUGAUUGGUGAAAUUCCAAAUUAAACAGAGCUUGGAACUAUUUCAGUCUCAAUGCUAUCUAUUACCCCCAGCUUCAAGGUGCCUUAGACUGCGUCCAGCCAGUCUUCCUUGCCCCUUGGUACCAAGCGAAAGAAGCCUAUUAA